AAUUCCAAAUCUAACCUAGUUGUAUCUCUCUUCAACCGAAAAGCUAGCAUAAAAAAGAACGGCAAAUGGAAAAGAUAUUUGUUUUAGUUUGUGUGUUCUUUCUUCGCAGCAUCAUCUCUUCGCACGCAAUUUCUUCUUGCAAUGGCCCUUGUAAUACCUUGAAUGAUUGUGAUGGCCAGCUUAUAUGCAUCAAAGGCAAAUGCAAUGAUGAUCCUGAUGUUGACACCCACAUAUGCAAAGGAGGAGGCAGCAGCCCUUCUUCUCCACCACCUCCAGGCAACCGCCCUCUCUCAGGAGAACGUUUAUGUAAAGAACCAUCCUUCCCAACUAAAUAUAAAUUCUCAUCUCCAGUGACAUCCACUACGAAAGCUAAAUUAACUUUGAACAAUUUUAGUGAAGGCGGUGAAGGAGGAGCACCGUCAGAGUGUGAUGAGAGGUACCAUGCCAAAACUGAGAGAGUGCUUGCGCUAUCAACAGGAUGGUAUGAUGGCGGGUCAAGAUGUGGCAGGAUGAUCAAGAUUAGUGCUAGUAAUGGAAGGAGUGUGACUGCUAAGGUUGUGGAUGAAUUUAAUACUUUGCAUGGAUCUGAUAGUGAGCAUGGGUUUCUGCCACCGUGUGAGAAUAAUAUUGUUGAUGGAUCAGACGCUGUGUGGGAAGCUUUGGCAUUGAAUAAGGAUCUGGGUAUUGUGCCUGUUACGUGGUCCAUAGCAUAGCUAGCAAAGUUCAUCUUAAAUGGGUCAAUCUGUCUAGCUACUUAGUCAAUGACAAUAAGAUGAAUAGAGAAAGAUCUAUUUGGCUGUUUCCUUUCUGAACAAAUCCCCUCCAAAAUAAGACUAAAAGUUGUACUCUUUGCAUGAAAUGAUUAGCAUUGAAAAAUGAA